ACUCCGCUCCCGCUAGCGCCACCCAGGGAUCUCCCCACUCCUCCAUGGCGUUCCCCUCCCUGCCCCCCUCCCCAUCGUCGUCGGCGGCGACAUGGCGGCGGCGCUCCGGCCUCGUCGCGCUCCUCCUGCUCCUCAUCUUCCUCUCCUUCCAGGUCGUCGUCCACGUCCCCUCCGUCAGAUCGGCGGUCUCCCGGCGGCUCUUCUCCGACCACCGCCACCGAGCCGCCCGCGAGGCCGGUCACCGGAGCUGCCCUGGGUGCGGCGAUUUGCAGGACGUGGAGGAUUUCAACAAGACCAUCGCGUACACGGACCAGGAUGGCCGGAUCAAGCUGUUCAAGGUCACCGCCAAGGAAUUCGCGUCCUCCUCGAUCUGGGAGAACCCUCUGCUGCCCAGAGAUAGCCAGCCGCUUGCUGAACUUAAAGAGAGCGCUGAGGAGCAGCCACUGGCCAUUGGAUCAGAAGCCAACAAUCUUUCAAGUUCAGCGGUUUCAGCAACCCAGAGACCCGAUCCGAUAAAACUAAAGCGAGAGGUAUUUCGACGUAGAAGAAAGGAGCAACGGAUUCAAGAGUUGCUUCAGAUGGACAAGGAGGCUGAGCUCCAGAUGCGAAACUUGGCCACAAACAGCUCGAGGAACUUUGAUAAUAAAGUCAAAGUCAGUUACAAUAUAUGGAGGCAGGAGUUUCACCACACAAAUACAGACUCCACGGUGAAGCUCAUGAAAGAUCAGAUAAUAAUGGCAAAGGUGUACGCCACCAUUGCACGUUCCCAGAACGAGCCUGACUUGUACGCAUCACUCAUGAAGUGCAUAAAAGAAAGCAAAGCAGCUAUUGGAGAUGCACAUAUGGACAGUGAACUGGAUUCAAGCGCUUUAGAGAGAGCAAAAGCAAUGGGGCAUGUGUUGUCUUCAGCUAGAGAUGUUCUGUACAACUCUGAUGAAGUAUCGAGAAGAUUGCGCGUUAUGCUGCAGUCCGCGGAACUUAAUAUCGACACUGUGAAAAAGCAAAACACAUUCCUGGUUCAGCAUGCUGCAAAGACGGUUCCCAUGCCCUUGCACUGCCUACAUAUGCAGUUGAUAACCGAUUAUCAUCUCCGUGAUGGUGUGAUCAAGGAGUAUUUUCAAGCUGCUGCUUUGAAGGAUGAAGAAGAUAAAGCAAAGCUCGAGGACCGGUCACUCUAUCACUAUGCUAUAUUUUCUGAUAAUGUCCUUGCAGCCUCAGUAGUUGUCAGAUCAACCGUGACAAAUGCCAAGGAGCCAAAUAAGCAUGUGUUCCACAUCGUCACUGACAAGCUUAAUUUUGCAGCUAUGAAGAUGUGGUUCAUCAGUCAUUCUCCCCUCCCUGCUACUGUCCACGUGGAGAACAUCGACAAUUUCAAGUGGCUCAAUUCGUCUUAUUGUUUGGUUAUGCGGCAACUUGAGUCAGCUCGUCUCAAGGAAUUUUACUUUAAAGCACAUGAUCCGUCAUCUCUCUCUGAUGGGAAUGAAAAUCUGAAGUACAGGAACCCAAAAUAUUUGUCUAUGCUCAACCAUCUAAGGUUCUACAUGCCAGAGAUACAUCCCAAGCUUGACAAGAUACUGUUUCUCGAUGAUGAUGUUGUUGUGCAAAAGGACUUGACACCCCUCUGGGAUGUUGAUCUUAAAGGGAUGGUAAAUGGUGCUGUCGAAACCUGCAAAGAAAGUUUCCAUCGCUUCGACACUUAUCUCAACUUCUCACAUCCUAAGAUCUCUGAGAACUUUGAUCCACGUGCUUGUGGUUGGGCUUUUGGAAUGAACAUGUUUGACCUGAAGGAGUGGAAGAAGCGAAACAUCACUGGAAUAUACCAUUAUUGGCAAAAUUUGAAUGAGGAUCGCAAGUUGUGGAAGCUGGGCACAUUACCUCCAGGACUAAUUACAUUCUACAAUUUGACACACCCAUUGGAUCACACUUGGCAUGUCUUGGGCCUUGGCUAUGAUCCUGCUGUUGACAUUGCUGAAAUCGAGAAUGCAGCGGUAGUUCACUACAAUGGGAAUUACAAGCCCUGGCUGGACCUUGCCAUUUCCAAGUACAAGGCCUACUGGUCCAAGUAUGUCGAUGUUGACAGCUCACACAUUCGGCAUUGCUACGCAAGCAAACAAUGAUUCUGUUUUGGUACUUUUGUGAGAGCGAGUUAGGUAGAGCAGUGAUAUGUCUAACAUUGUUCAGCAUCAUAAUUUUGUCAUUCUUGUGCUUAAUAAUCUAGCCUUUUCUCAUGAAUCAACUACAUGCACAGUGAUUUGUAAGUCACAGCAUAGUAAAUAUUCUUCUGUUCA